AUGGGUGAGACGUUGCAAGACGCCAUCAAGUUGGCAACUGCAACAGCGCAGCAGUCCCAACAGAGCGCUGCUGCUAGUGCGGCACUUGCAGCUGGCGCUGCAGACAGCUCAGGAGAGGCCGCAGCGUCAUCUUCUGACCCUGUGCCCAUGGAUGUGGACUCCGUGAUAAGGUCCCAACGUGCAGAGAACUACAUCCCGCAGCUUCCACAGCUGAACUUUGCGGGAAUGAGCUCUAGGCGUGCGGAGAUCCGCAUCUGGACAGCCUACAGAGAAGAACUUACAGCGUGGUUGUGUUUGCUUGACGACCGUUUUGCAGAAGAGUUGCGCGAAGCAGCUACAAGCGACGUCGAGGUGAGUCAAAUUGGUUUGUCAGUUGGAAGAGCGGCCAGAAGCACGAAACUGUGGUUUUUACUGCGACAGUCGCUGAGCAAGUUCCAGCGUGCACAGGACUUCGUCCAGCUGAUAGGGGUGAAGCAGAAAGGCGCUUCUGCAGGCUACGAGCUGUGGAGGAUGCUCAACAACGAACUGUCAGUCCGCUCGAGAGUGGAAGGACAGGCUUUGAGAGAGCAAGUCCUAAGCUUGCGCGCCCCUAAGCACAUUUCACGUGCCUUAGACAUGAUGAGGUGGUGUACGACGGAGCUCCUCAAGUAUGACUCGCAGAUCAAGCCGCGCUUUCCAGAGCUGGCAAUCACUGAACAAGAGGCGAUUCUCGCCGUUCUGCGACAUCUGGACGAAGAAGCGAAGAGAUACUUGCUUUUGCGUGGUACAACUUCAAGUCUGGACGCGAUGAUGCGAGGUCUGCAGUUCUAUGAUGAGCAGUUGCGGGUCUUGACCUUCCAGAAGGAACACCAGCCCGGAAAGUUCCUGAACGCUUUUGCUGGCCAACACAAGGGCAAAGAUGGAAAGGGCAAGGACGGAAAAGGCAAAGAUGGCAAGGGGAAAGACGGCAAGGGCAAGAAAGGCGACUCUAAGGGUGGACAGAAAGGUGCUGGAAAGCGGCGAAACACGCCCAAAGGCAAGGGGAAAGGAAUAAAUCCCAAGACACCUGCAAUUAUUGUCACAAGAAAGGCCACUGGGCCCCGAAAGAAAGCUGACCAGCAAGCAAAGGCCAGCGCAGCGAAUGAGUCAUCUGGAAAAGAGCCUGAAGCUGAAUCAGCCCCGAGCCAAGCAUCGAAUGCUACUCCGAAGGCGAGUAGUGCCGCGAAGGGAAAUGGCAAGACUGGAUCCAAGACUGGAACGAAGAGCGCUGUGCUCAUGUCGCUGAUUCCGGGAGCCAAUGCCAUGGCAGUGAGCGAU